GUGUUCCGCGGAAAAAAAUGCCGCUCACUGCUCCGAAUAUAAAUCCUCCUGGCCAACGUUCAUUGCCUCUCUCAUCGCCAACCUCUAUCCUGGCGUAGCAGUGUAGACGUCGGACGUGAAGACGGUCAUAUCCGUCUGGACCUCAAGCAGGAUUCUGAGCCUGCUGGUCUCGUCGAACCCGAGGUCCAAGGCUCCAUCACAAGGAUCGCAGAUCAAAACUAAAUUUAGGAGGUUCAUCAUCGACUUGGACGAAAUCUGAGUACCCAUUUUCCAGUUCGAUCUCCACAAUCACUGCACCGAGCCGCCUUAACCCCAUCCCCGGAUACUUAGCCACCAUGCCGCGCGUAUACCUCCUCUCUCGGACUCUGGACCCGCUCUUUGGGGUAUUUUCCGGUCUGCUAGCCUAUCACCUAUCCGAAUCUCACCCUCGAUCCAACAUUCCUCCUGGUCAUACACUCAGGGAGCUCGUACCGUGGCAAUUCAACCGCUGGCGAGCUGCAAGACAUGCGGGCUCAGAAGGGGAGGAAGAGAUGUUUGAGCGGACCUUGAGAGAAUUGCAAGAGGACAAGGUGGUUGCGAAAUAGGCCUCUCGUGAAGGACUCGACUUGUGACGAAUUUUCAGAUUUGGGCGGUCGGCGUGUCGAGCCUUGGGAGAUGCGCAAGAAGCAUCACGACAUGAAAGAAACCACGCUUUGGGCUUUGAACGAUCGCGAAUAUGGUUAUACAUGGCAUGCCGAUGACCUCUGUUUCUAGGCUGCGGGCUUCAUUCCUAAACCCCGGACCCUUACACCCUUUUGGAUCGAUGGACCCCA